CAGCUCGAUGCGCGAUUCUUUAUCCUACCAUCACAACGUCGUACUCUCCAUAUAACAAAGGAAACCACUUCUUACUAUGGGCAAAGGCAAAGGAAAAGCUGGUCGCAAGGAAACGAAACUAGACGCCAAAAAAUUAAACCAGGAACCAAAAAUUCCAGGAAUGCCAAAACCACCGAGGCCAGAAAAGAAGGCGAAGAAAGUCCUGUCGAAAGAGGCGAAGAGCGCAAUACAGUCUAAUCUUCUUGGAUCUACAACUCUCUCGCUGCCAAUUGGUCAUCCGAAGCCGCUCGUGAAGAGUCCUGUGCAUGCGAAAUGGCCGGCGUUGUUUAAGAAGCACCUGGGGGUUCUGGAGUCGCAUAUCAAGGCGCUCGAUAGAGUGAUGCAGAAUGUGAAGAGUGAGAUGGCAGACUUACCUGAGAAGGAGAGGUUGGAUUUUGAGUUGGGUGAGAAGGGCAAUUGGAGGAUUAUCUGCGGUAUGAUGGACAGGGCGCGCGAAGCUUUUACGACUGCGCGGAGUGCUGCGCAGGGUAUUAUUCAUGCGAAGCAUCUGCAAGAUAAGAAGGGCCUCGGUGUGGUUGGAACGUCUUUCGAACGCCUCGAACCAGAACUCGACAAGAAAGCUGCAGAUAUUGGAUACAACCCUGCCGGAAAGGGCAAGCUGGGCAGAAACCCCGAGGAUGUGGAUGAAGACGGCGACAGUGAGAUGACAGACACAUCAGAUGCUUCAGACGACUCCGAUGCAGAAGAAAUUGAUCACGACGUAGUAGCAGACAACACAGAUUUCAUCCAACUCAGCAUCGGCUCCAAGAUGUCGCGCUUCCCAUCAAACGGCGCCAAACCUGCGACAGCGGAGGAGAAUGCUACUGCAGUCGAGCCCAAUCCCUACUUCGUCGUCGAUAUCGAACCCACACCCGUCAAUCUCCAACCCGCCGAGCCGAAGAAGAGUCGCAAGCAGCUCAAGGAAGAAGCAGCUCUCGCACGAAAAGCCGCGCGAGAAGCCAAGAAAUCCGCAUACGAAGCAUCUAAACUCGCAGGCCCCAAAAAGCCCACCCCACAACCAGAGCCAGAAGUCGAUUUCGCAGCUCUCGAAGCAAGUUUACAGGCUGAGAUUGCGGCGGCGACAAAGAUACAAGAGGAAGAUGCAGCUAGAGAGUUGUCGAGGAAGUCGAAGAAGAAGCGUAGGCGGAGCAGUGGUGUGGAUGAGGAGGUUGUGGAGAAGAAGAUUAGGCUGGAUAAGGAGAAGGAGAAGGAGAAAAAGGGCAAGGGAGAGGAGGAUACUGAUGCGGAUGGUGGUGCUGUGGAGGAAGCGAAGAAGGUUAAAAAGGAGAAGAGAAGUAAAGAGAAGAAGAGGAAGGCGGACGAUGGUGCUGAUGGGGAGGAGCCUGAGGAGGGGACUAAGAAGAAGAGGAAGCAUAAAGGGGAUGCGUAGAUGGGAGUGAGCUGGGAAGGGAAGAGCAGGUCUUUGCUUUACGAUACCAUGGUCUUUUUCUUUGCUGUUGUAUUGUAGAUAGCUGGGUUGGAGGGGGGGUUGCAUAGCUUCGGGAGUACAAAAUAGGAGUUUUUGCAUUGUCAUUUUAUGUGUCUUUGACUUCAUGGAUCAUUUAAUGGUCCUGAAUGUUUCAUACAAAUGUGCGGUGACUCCUCCUACGGAUAGAUGAGAAAAUUUCAACAGGCUUAUCAAAGUCUGCCGGCCAUAGUUGAGGUUUGAUGGUAUUACUUACUAUGCCAGGGCCGUAACGUGGAUUCCAGUGGCGUAACCAUAAGUCCUUUCUUUCGAACAUGUGGAACGCUCAAAUGGUUCCUGAUGGAACCUUUUCAGCCUAGUCAUACAUUCAUUCCCUUUGAAUUCAGUUUGGGAAUCCUUGGAAGCUGGAUUGAAUAAGGGAAGAACGAUUGUUUUGUUGAAG